AAGACGCAUGUUUAACUUAUGAAUCAAUAAGAGUUGAAUGUUGAUUCGAACACCGUGCUCCCGGAUAGGAGUCCUGUUAAAUGUAUAAUGUUUAUUGAUCUGGGACAGAGUCAGAACUGACAACACGUCUUUUGAACAGACGAGUCAACCUCGCAGUUACGUACAUGUAGAUCCCAGUGUUGAAGUGUUGAGGAAUCACUAUGUUCAAACGGGACAUCUUUCUCCUGACGCUUGUAUUCCAUAAACUGAUAUCUGCCCUUCAGUCUUGUGGCGGGUUUCAUGUUCGACGUCACUCAAGUUUGGACAAUCUGUUGUUUAAUGAGGCCUUUAUGUCUGAACACGUCGUGGAAGGAAGAUUAUCAUGUACAGAACGUUGUUACCGACACCCCCUCUGUAACAUGCUGCUGUACAACCCAACGUCCAAACGAUGUCGCCUGUACAAGUCCUUCAUCAACACAGGAGGCACUGAAGAGCCGGGCUGGCAGUAUUAUGCAGCUAAAUGCAACCACUUCCGCGUGGAAAAUGCCCUGUCGCUGACAGUCGUGAACCAGUCUGUGGACGUUGCCUGUGGAAGUGGGCUCACACACAUCCCCUCCUCUCCAUUCCACUGUUCCCUUGGCACUGAGGUCCUCAACAUUGGAAUGUGUGCUCAGACACGUUGGAUCAAUCUGGUGUCUCCUUGGGUCACCGAUCUUCCUGCACCGUUAUCCCCUGGGGCGGAGAUCAAAGUGAGAGGUGCAGGCGAUGGUGCUGGAAAUACUGACGUGCACCUGUGGGAAACUGACGACCUAAACACUGUGUUCCUCCUCUCUAUCCGUUGGUCGAACCCUGAUGCAAUCUUCAACACACAAUCCUCCGGGACCUGGGGGACGGAACUUGGGCCAUCGACCUUCAUAUUUUCUCCAAACGUGGUGUUUGAUGUCCUCGUGAGAAUAACAACAACCAAUUUCCUGAUAUUCAUCGAUGGCAAUAACUUCUACGAAGCCCCAAUACGGAUUUCUGUCGAUAACAGCGUGAGGCUUGACAUCACAUUCAGUCUCCUGAAGUCAGUGGAAAUCAAAUAUCCAUGAAACGUUUAUUUAAUUUUUGUUUUCUUCUUUGUUCUUAAUUACUGCACUUUUCAAACUGAUUGUAUAAUAUGGUGGCCUGUAAAUACCCGAGAAGAUCCGGGGUAGAAUAGGUCUUCAGUUGGUUUGUUGUUUUACGCCACACUCAGCAA